UCGCUCAGUGAUGGAUCAGAUCAGCGCUGCUGGAGUCGCUUAUGAUCAAGAUUUAACACACAAGACCAUCCUGGUGGGAGACAGUGGUGUGGGGAAAACAUCUCUGCUGGUUCAGUUUGAUCAGGGAAAAUUCAUCCCUGGAUCUUUUUCUGCCACAGUGGGAAUUGGAUUUACGAAUAAAGUUCUUACAGUGGAUGAGCUGAAGGUGAGAUUACAGAUCUGGGACACAGCAGGACAGGAGAGAUUUCGCAGCGUCACACACGCAUAUUACAGAGACGCUCAAGCGCUGCUCUUGCUGUAUGACGUCACCAGCAGAUCAUCCUUCGAUAACACACGGGCAUGGCUAUCAGAGAUCCAUGAGUAUGCUCAGGAUGAGGUGGUCAUCAUGUUGCUUGGCAACAAGACGGACAUGUCCGGUGCGAGAGUGAUCAGACGAGAAGACGGAGAGAAACUGGCCAGAGAGUUUGGGGUCAUUUUCCUGGAGACCAGCGCUAAGACCGGACUCAAUGUGGAUCAGGCCUUUAUAACUGUAGCCAGGGAGCUGGUGAGAUGCUCGAUACAGAUGCCCAUCAGACCCAGAUUUCACCUGCACGAGCUGAUGGAGCCGGAGGAGAGAGAGACGUCAGGCUGCUGUGGAUUCAAGUAAAUUGAUCUAAACAGAGACACACACACACAACAUUAUCAAGGUACUGAUUGACGAAGACAAAUCACACACUCAAAGUUCAACAUUCAUGAUCUCACCCUUAAAAUCAUGCCAAAUGUGCAGACACACAACCAGCAGAUGCACACUGUUUACCAGACACCUUGAAAAACAAUCCUUCAUAUUAAAGCUCAAACUGAAACUGAUUGAUUUUAUAUAGAUCUAACACUUGAGUUAGUGAGUUACAGAAACACAAACGUCAGUUUCCUCCAUUACUGUUCUUUAUGUCAUUCAUCUUGAUAGUUCAUGUAUGAAGUGCACAUGAGGAGUUCAUAUUAAAUCCGAGUAUAGGCUGUCUUUAAGUGACCUUACAGACCAAUCAAUCUUCUUUCUAAUAAAUGACAUGAUGUCACAGGAACCACAUGACACCUGACGUACACACAAGUAAUGUCUGGAAUAGACUACAAGACUUUUCAAAUCUGAACAGAGUUUUAUUAAUCAGACCUCAUACACUUGCGGACUUUUUGAAAGUUUCAGUUAGAAACCCACUAACUUUCUAUUCAGUUUAUUUAUAUAGCGCUUUUCAAAAUGUGCAAUGUUCCAAAGCAGCUUUACAGGAGAAAAUAAGAAAAACUGAAAACACAGAAAGGUAAAACACAGCCCAGUGCAUGGUGUUUAUAGACCAAACAAGAUCAUUCUAAUAAAGAAUAUCUAAUAAAGAAUUAAAUAUAUGAAUAAAUGCAGUCUCCCGGUGAGCAAGACAACACUGCCCUGCUAACUGAUCAAAUCUGCAGACUGGCACAGAUGUUCUGCAACAAGUCCAGACUGAAAAUCUGAGCAAAAGUCUUGUGAUGUGUUUAAGGCUUAAAGAUGAACUACGGCCCAAAAUGAAAAUUCUGCCAUCAAUUACUCGCCCUCCAGUAGUUUAACAUCUGCAUGACCUCCAUUUUUCCACGAAAUGCAAAUGAAGGUAGUUUUGGAAGCUCCUAAAAUUGCAACACAACCAAUCUUCAAAGCGCUGAAAGUGCGUAAAGACAUCGUAAAAUUGCCAACGGGACUCUGGUGGUUCAGUAUAAAUUAAUAUAAUGCGACGAGGAUAGUUUUUGUGCUCACACAAACAAAACUAACGAUUAUAUAAAAAACUUCCUGCGUGAGCGAUGCUGACACCAUAUGUACUGUCAUGAUGCUGACACCAUAUGUACUGUCAUGAUGCAGACACCAUAUGUACUGUCAUGAUGCAGACACCAUAUGUACUGUCAUGUGGCUCGUGUGUUUGGUUAGGUUGCAAUCUAUAGAGGAGUCAGAAAGCUUUCAAAACUACCUUCAUUUGCGUCAGGGGAAAACAGAGGUCCUGGGGAUGUUAAAGUACUUGAGGGUGAGUUAUUAAUGGCGAAUUUUCGAUUUUUGGCGAAGUUCCCCUUUAAACAUCACCAGUACCCGUGUGUGUAUGACUGGGUUUGUUGGUGCACUUCAUUAUUUUGACCACCAGAUGGCGUCACAGCGUCUGCUUCGAAGCAUCAUUGCUUUAUUUCACCAUGACGAUGAUGUUCACAGCUGCAUGUUUAAAUCCUGUAAACCCGUGAAGAUCAUCUCUUGUGUCACGUGCACUUUCUCAAUACAUGACACUGUUACAGUUUAUACAACAAAUGACACACAUAUGUGCACACUGGACAUGACAAGUUUGGCUUGUGGACCAUGAUAGGCCUGCCUGACAGUCGUCAUGAAGAUGCAGAAAUGAUGUCUCAAACACACCUGUGAUCAGAAGUAAGCGCUGGUCUCAGAUCAGUCUGAACUCUUCACGAUAUGCUGCAGAAGUUUUAAGAUUUGAAUGAAUUAUUAUGUGCUGCGUUUCAAUCUCAGGAUCUUUACACACUAAGAGAAGCUCCUCUGAGGACAUAUGCACUUUUCAGCUAUUAAAAUGAUUAAGAUUGAAUUACUGCGUCUGAAUGAUUCAUAUUAGUAAAUGUUCUUCUACGUAUUUAUGGAAAUGCAUAUUGAGAGAUUAUUCCUGUGUGUUUUUCUAUGAUAUUAACAGUAUUAGCUUUUAUUAUGAUGACAGUAUUUCGUAUCAUUCUGUGUUUUCCUCUGAAAUCGAAGUGUGUGUUGUCUAGAAAUGAAAACCCCUCACAGUGUUGUGUCAGACGUGCUCAGGUCUUCUUCUGUGUUUGGACCGACUGUAAAAUGCUUGGAAAAGUUAUAAAUUAAAUAAA